CUGAAUUAACCAGGAUAUUUAACGUGUGCAUUGAGAGUAGACAAGCUUGACAGAAACAUGUUGAAAAUUGUGUUUGUGAUAUUCCUAUUAUUUAACGCAGAGGGUUUAGCUCAAUCAAACGUAACACAAUCCAGUUUGGCACCGGCUGGUAACACAACAACUGCACCGAGGACUCGUUAUAAGGCAUGUCCGGAAAUUCACAAAAACAUUUCAAGUGAUAUUGGCUCUCCAGGAUACCGAGUCGUCGAAAUAGAUGUGUCGACAUGUUCGUUUUGGAGUUAUUUGUCAGUGCUUAUUUUGACUGACCAAUUGAAAGAAUAUGUCAUGCAUGUCAGUGUUCAACCGUCUAGCAUUUCCCUUGAUUUCAAUCACACUUACUUUACAUCCAACGUUAGCGAUGUGAUUUCAGGGAAUGUGAUUGCUAAUUACUCGGAUGGAACCACAUUGAUGAUACCAAUAAAACUAACAAUAGUAGACAUCAACGAUCCUCCUGUGUUUAUCAGUCGCGUCAGUUUGAAUUCGACAUUAUCGGAAGCAAGUCCUGUUGGAUAUGAAAUCUUUACGGUCACAGUAGCUGAUCCAGACAGCAAAGUCGAACUGUCAACAACUUCGGAUCUAGUGGCCAUACAUCAAGAGGUGUCGAAUGCGACCGAUGGGACUGGACUUUAUUUGUUCACGCUACGUAUCAACAAGCCAUUGGACGUAGAUACACCAAACGAGGCUUUCAUAUCGUAA